AUCGUAAACCAAGCAUUAAAAUGUAAUUAUGGCCGUUUGUACUCUUGCCCUUAGCCAUUAUAAAUGUAGUAAAAGUGGGUGUACCGUGUUUACUUUUAAAGUAUUUUAAAUGUCAUGGAGUUAGGAAAGGGUUACCUUAGUAGGUUUUAAUUUUUUUUUUCCUCGUGUAAAAUAACAUUGGACACUUUAAUUUAGUUUGAGUUAUUAAUUAUUUAUUUCUUGUAAUAAUGAGAUUAUCUGUGUUGAGGCACUUGGCUAAAACUGAGUGUUUCCGACGAAGUAAUAUCAUUAAAUCACAAUGCAUUUUGAGCAACUCAAUAUGCUUUUAUUCAACUCAAAAUGCAGAACCAACAAUGCAUACUGUGAAGUCGAAACUGAUCCAGCUGAUGGGGAUCGACCGGGCGUACAAGCCCCUGCAGACCGUCCGCUCGCACCUGCUGUCCCAGCUGCCGGCGAGCCAGGAUGAGCUGCCCGAGCGCUCCAUGCAGGACAGUUUCACGAGCGCGAUCAUCCCCUUGUCGGAGGACUUCUCGCUUCAGGACAAGUACGUGACGUUCCUGGGCAGCGUGAGGAUGGGCCGCCUUCUAGAGGACAUGGACAUGUUCGCGGUGUGGGUCGCCCACAAGCACCUGCACGACCCUCGCUCGAAGCCCGGGGACGUGACCCCGUACGUCAUCGUCACUGUGCUGGUCGACCAGAUCGACUUCACCGACCACGUGCCCAAGAGCGACCGGGACAUCCGGCUGUCGGGGCACGUGUCGUGGGUGGGGCGCUCCUCCCUCGAGGCGGUGGUGUGGCUGGAGCAGGACGCGGGGGGCGGCAACUACCAGCGCCUCACCCGCGCCCUCUUCCUCAUGGCCGCGCGCAACUCCACCAACUCCGGCCCGGCCGUCGUCAACCGCCUCGCGCCCAAGGACGAGCACGAGCGGGAGAUCCUGGCCGGCGGCGAAGACCGCAAGAGGCGUCGCACCCGGCAGAAGGGCGUGUCGCUGCUCAAGUCUGUGCCGGACGCGGAGGAGCAGGGCCUGGUGCACAGCCUGUUCCUGCGCUCGGUGGACCUGCACAGCCACAGGUUCGCGCGGGUGCUGCCCCCCGGCGGCCGGUGGAUGGGCGAGGCCAAGCAGAACACCAUCGUCUUCAGCCACCCCGAGGACCGCAACCUGCACAACAAUGUGUUCGGAGGCUUCCUCAUGAGACAUGCGCUGGAGCUGGCGUGGACCAGCGCGUACCUUUACGGUAAAUAUCGUCCAAAGAUUUGCCACAUCAGCGACAUCAACUUCGUCCAACCCGUCAAUGUAGGCUCGCUUCUGCAGAUGCAUUCGCAGGUGGUGUUCACGCAGCACAACUACAUGCAGAUAGUCGUCCACGCGGAGGUGUUUGACGCCACCAGCGGCCACCCCACCACCACCAACGUCUUCCACUACACCUACACGGUCCCGGAGGUGGUGGCCAGCAUCUACCCGCGCUCGUACGGAGAGGCCAUGAAGUAUCUGGAGGGGCGGCGACACUUUCUGCACGUGAUGGGACUGGAGGGGAGCAAGUGAGCCCGCGGCCCUGAGCGAGACGGAGCGUGGAGCUGGCUGGAGAAAAUGUUUCUCUAGUUCUGAGUUUUUAUGUUGAUAGCCAAGCGGUCAGAGUAUUUAAUGAUGCAUAGCACAUAGCCUGUAAUAAAAAUUGUACAGCAAAGCUUGUUAACAAAAUAUGUAGUGAUGAAUAGCAUUAAAACUAGUCCGAUCAUUUAACGAAUCCUUGAACGUUGAACAGGAAAUUUGAGACACUGUGGUGCUGUUGUGUCAGUAACCGGGAUUAAUAACUGGAUGUAACUGGUUGUAUCAACAUCACACAGGUGUAUGCUUCGCAAGCCUGAAGACUUCUUGUUUUUAAUCUAAAGUGUGAUUCCUGUGUUCUGUUACUUAAUAAUAUUAAUUCCAUAUCAUAGAAUGGAAAAUGGGUACAGUAUUAACAAAUUCAGUAAUAACAGAGUAUGUAAUUUGGUUUGCUUGUUUGAGCGUUAACCGAGUCUAGUUACAUAACACCAAGUGAUAUGACUGCUUUACUGUACAGAAAAUAAUUUAAAAAGGUUCUGAUAAUAGGUAAAUAAUACCAGUGUGUUUUUAUAAUUUUAUUUGUAAUCUUGAGAUCUGUUAAUUAUUCUUACCUGUAGGUAAGAGAUAUUACAUUUUUUGAUGUGAAAAAUAAAUGUUUUUGUUCUUUAAACAA